AUGAGAUACUACUGUAUCACCAAAGUGUUCCCUGCAGAUGUUCAGCAGACUCUGCUGAUCAAAGGAGAUGCUCCUGAGGAACAGAGGCCUGAUGUGGACCAGCAGGAUCCAGAGCUCCUCCACAUAAAGGAGGAAGAGGAGGAACUGUGGACCAGACUGGAGGGAGAGCAGCUCAUUGUAAAGGAGGAGACUGGUGCCAGCAGAUUUUCAUUUACCGCAGUUCCUCUGAAGAGUGAGGAUGAUGAAGAGAAGCCUCUGUUCUCACAGCUUCUUCAGCAGGAUCCAGAGCCCCUCCACAUCAAGGAGGAAGAGGAAGAACUCUGGACCAGUUUAGAGGGAGAGCAGCUCAAAGUGAAAGAGAGGACUGAUGCCAGCAGGUUUUCAUUCACCACAGUUCCUCUGAAGAGUGAGGAUGAUGAAGAAAAGCCUCUGUUCUCACAGCUUCAUCAGCACCAAAUGGAAGAUGGAGAUGUUCCAACCAGCAGCUCUGCAGACCAGAUGAAAGUAGAAGCUGAUGGAGAGGACUGUGGAGGAGCAGAAACCAGCAGGAGCCCAGAUCAAAAUCUUCAUGGAAAUGCUACCAGCUCUUCAGAGACUGAAGUCAGUGAGAAUGAUGACGAGGAUGAGGAUGGGAACAAUCCUGACUCUCAGCUGGAACACUUGCAGACAGGACCAAAAUCAUUUAGUUGUGACGAAUGUGGUAAAUGUUUUAUCAGCAAUACAAAUUUAAACUUGCACAUGAGAAUCCAUACAAUGGAGGAACCUUUUGUAUACGAGGACUGUGGACAAAGAUUUAGUCAGAAGACGGAUUUAAAUGAACUCAUCAAAGUCCACACAGGACAGAAACCUUUUGUUUGUGAGGACUGUGGACAAAGAUUUACCCGGAAGACUAAUUUAAACAUACACAUGAGAGUCCACACCGGACAGAAACCAUUUGUGUGUGAGGACUGUGGACACAAAUUUAACUGGAAGACAAAUUUAAUCAGACACAAGAAAGUCCAUACAGGAGAGAAGCCACUUGAAUGUGAGGACUGUGGACAAAGAUUUAGCCAGAAAACAGAUUUAAGCUUACACAUCAGUGUCCACACGGGACAGAAAUAUUUUGUUUGUGAGGACUGUGGGAAAAGAUAUACCCGGAAGACUCAUUUAAACACACACAUGAGAGUCCACACUGGAUUGAAACCAUUUGUAUGUAAGGACUGUGGACACAAAUUUAACUGGAAGGCAAAUUUAAUCCGACACAAGAAAAUCCACAUAGAAGAGAAGUCAUUUCAAUGUGAGGACUGUGGACAAAGAUUCAUCCAGAUAUCUCAUUUAAACUUACACAUGACAAAACACAUGAGAGUCCACACUGGAGAAAAGCCAUUUGAAUGCAACCUGUGUGGACAAAGUUUUAGCGAGAAAUAUUCUUUAAACAGACACAAGAGAAUCCACAUGGGACAGAAACCUUUUGUAUGCGAGGACUGUGGACAAAGAUUUAGUAUGAAUUUUUAUUUAAAGUCACACAUGAAAAUCCACACAGGACAGAAACCUUUUGUGUGCGAGGACUGUGGGAAAAGAUUUGGCCGGAAGAAUACUUUAAACCAACACAUGAGAUACUAA